AAUUAUUCUCGCUCUGGACAUCUUGGAUGCAGCUGCAGACUUGGAGGACGCUGAUGAUGAGGAAGGGGGUUAAGUGGAGACCCUUCAUGGCUUUGCUAAUCCAAACACCUCUGUCUUGUCCAGCGAACUCUGCUCAGAGUAAGUAGACAAUAGGAAGAAAGAAGAUUCAAGAUAUCAGCAUAGGCGACUUGACUUGUUGUUUGAUUGGGUCCUUGUGGAAAGACGACGCAUCACUGUCUUUUCUUGGUUUUCUUCAAGGUAAGUUUCUACCGUCGGUCUGAAACGUUGAUUGUGAGGACAGAAUUAACUCUAUCUGUGAUAUUUUCCACAUCAUGACUUUGAAGGGAUCACUGAGAAGACUUGACUUUUAUAUCAAUGGGUGAUCAUCUUUUGUUUUCCUUUUUUCUUUCGAUAAGAAUUGGCCGCUCUAUUAGAUGCAGUCAGUAGCUGAAGUGUUGAACAUGAAGCUGCAACAUCUGCUAGCAGUUCAUACCUUCUUCUUCUUCUUGGUCUGCGCCUCCACCAAAGAACACUGUUCCUCGUCAUGUGGUAGCAUCAACAUCACCAGUCCCUUCCGCCUUCCAGAUGAUCCGGCCGAUUGCGGAAUGCCCGAGUACGAGCUGACAUGCCAAAACAAUCAAACCCGUUUGAACAUCAGCUCCGGGCUUUAUGUUGUUAAAGCAAUCUCCUACGAGAACGAAACUAUCAGAGUGGUCGAUCCUGGUCUACAGAGCAACAACUGUUCUUCACCGCCAAAAUAUUCUCUCAACACCGGGGAUUUGCGGGAUUCCGGUGGAUCAUAUGUUCUUGUUCAACGGGACGGCUUUGUAGACUACACGACCUGCCGGCAGCAGGUAAACGAUUCGUCUUAUGUAACAACUAGCCCUUGCAUCAAUUCUACCGACGAGUACCACUACGUUCUGGUUGGACGAUCAAGUAUUGGUGAUCUUCAUAAAGAGUGUAAAGUUUCGGGGGUUUCUAUCGAGUUACCCUUUGAUGGAAAUGCUUCCUAUCUGAAAAUCUGGUCUGCUCUGCUUAUGGGAUUCCAAUUGUCCUGGAAAGCUGUUCAUUGCCCAGACUGUGAAGCUGCUGGCGGGAUUUGCUAUUAUCGAGUAACGUAUGACCUUUUUGAUUCAGAGUGGUGCUAUAAAUCUUGCAGGAAUGCAAUCCAAUCCAUGCACUGUUUCUUUGACGCCUUACACGGAUUUGAAGAAAUCGGGUUGAGGAUUGUCACAAUAGCAGGAUACGUUUUGGCCGGAAGAACUGCGCUGGGAUUCGUGUGCCUCUUCUCCUUCCUGAUCUAUAAACGCAGGCAAUACCUCAUCCAUGCAGGCUAUGUUUUGGCUGCAAGAACUGCGCUGGGAUUCGUGCGCCUCUUCUCCUUCCUGAUCUAUAAAAUGCGCAGGAAAUACCUCCGCAAGAACGAAAGAAUCGAGAUUUUUCUUGACAAGUACAGGAAUCAGAUGCCAACGAGGUACUCCUACGGUGCCAUCAGGAAGAUGACCAGAGGUUUCAAGGAAAAGUUAGGACAAGGGGGGUUUGGGAGCGUCUUCAAAGGCAUACUUCCCGGCGGCCGCCCCGUCGCCAUCAAGAUACUGAGCAACACAAAAGGCAACGGCGAAGAAUUCAUCAACGAGGUGGCGACCAUCGGGAGAAUUCACCAUGUCAAUGUGGUGCAGCUCAUCGGCUUCUGCUCCGAGGGAUCCAAAAGGGCGCUCGUCUAUGAUUACAUGCCCAAUGGUUCCUUAGACAAGUACAUCUACUCCAAAGAAGGCCAAAGCAGCCCUCCUGCUCUUGGCAUGGACAAGAUGUACGACAUCGCCAUGGGAGCAGCUCGCGGGAUCGAGUACCUGCACCGGGGGUGCGAAAUGCAGAUCCUUCAUUUCGAUAUCAAGCCCCACAACAUUCUUCUGGAUGCAGAUUUCGUCCCAAAGAUUUCCGACUUCGGAUUGGCCAAACUGUACCCAGCAGGAAGGAGCGCGGUCUCUGUGAGUGCAGUUAAAGGGACGAUAGGAUACAUCGCUCCUGAGUUGAUAUACCGCAGCUUUGGGCGCGUUUCGUACAAAUCCGACGUCUACAGCUUUGGGAGGCUGCUGCUGGAGAUGAUCGGGAGACUGGCCGACCCGAGAGCAGCGACGGAGCGUGAUUCGAGCGGGUUCUACUUCCCUGCAUGGCUUUACGAUCAGCUGUCGAAGGGAGAAGAUGUUGUCGUCGAUGUCGUGGUGGAAUCCGAGUCGAAAGUAGCAGAAACGCUGGCUGUUGUUGGGUUAUGGUGCAUACAAAUGAGUCCGGACGAUCGGCCGUCCAUGCACCGGGUUGUGGAAAUGUUGGAAGGGAGUGCGGGCGACAUAGCGAUGCCGCCGAGGCCUUCGCUUCUAUUUCCAUCGGAAGUCGGCGAGGAAGAGCCUCUUGAGACGGAGUCCUCGGAGAGUUCAUACAUGCUGGAGAGUGGCACGUCCGCUGCGUGACUGCAGACAGCAGAAGUAUAGGUAUUAUUAUGGGACUGAGUCGAGCGAAUUGUAACUCAAUUACAUGUACGAUAUUUCAAUUUGGUAAUAAUUAUCUAUUUA